AUGGUAGGCCUAGGGCCGAGUGAUCAAGGACGUGAUUCCUUUGAUGUGUGUAUGGUGGCACGUGAAAUUACACCGAGUGCGGUCGGCCGUGAGAGCACCGUACUGAAUGUCGGUAAUGACAUUGUUGGCCAUAUGCCAUUUAGUGUGGGAGGCCGUGAAGGCACCACGCUUAACGCCGGUAAUGGCGUUGUUGGCGAUUCGCCACAUUGUGUGGGCGGCCGUGAGGGCACCACACCUAAUGUCAGUAAUGAUAUUGUUGGCGAUACGCCGUAUAGUGUGGGCGGCCGUAAGGGCACCACACCUAAUGUCAGUAAUGACACUGUUGGCGAUACGCCGUAUAGUGUGGACGGCCGUGAGGGCACCACACCUAAUGUCGGUCAAGACAAAAGCUCUCGUGUAGAGCGUACCAUGGUUGGUAGUAACCAUGGGGACAAUAUUGUCCCGACCCCUAAGGGGGAGUAA